CACGCGAUAGCAACACUGCACGCCCUACAUCGACGGAGCUCUCAAACAAGCAGGUAUUACAAACAAGUUCGCUUCCGGAAGGGUGGCAUCCAGCUUCUCAGUUCCCCGGGCAAGAGGAUGGUGCUGGCUGGCGUGCUGCUUUCCUCUGUCCUCGGCCUGUUCGGAUGUACCGUCACUCUAGGCAUGCGCCACAACAAAGACCAAGCACAGGGCCUGUGUCUGACCAAGGCCUGUUUCACGGUGGCCAGUAAGAUCGCGCAGGCCCUGGACCGCAGCGCUGACCCCUGCCAGGACUUCUACCAGUACGCCUGCGGGGGCUGGGUCCGCAAGAACCCUCUCCCCGACGGACGCCCCCGUUGGAGCACCUUCAACAGCGUCUGGGACCAGAACCAGGCUGUCCUCAGAAACCUGCUGGAAAACGUCACUUUCAACUCCAGCAGCGAGGCGGAGAGGAAGACUCAGUUCUACUACCUGUCCUGUCUCAAUGAGCGGCACAUUGAGGAGCUGGGAGCCACGCCCCUUAUUGACCUCAUCACAAAGACAGGGGGCUGGAGCAUCAGUGGGCCCUGGGAGAAGGACAACUUCAUGGAGGUGCUAAAGACUGUGUCAGGUCCUUACCGCGCCCAGCCCUUCUUCACAGUCAGAGUCAACGUGGACCCCAAUAAUUCCAAUAGCAACGUCAUCCAGGUGGACCAAUCAGGGUUGUUCCUCCCCCCGCGGGACUAUGACGGCAACACAGCCAAUGAAAAGGCAUAUCUGGAUUACAUGGUGGAGCUGGGCCUGCUGUUGGGAGGGGAUAAGAACUCCACACAGAGCCAGAUGCAGCAGAUCCUGGACUUUGAGACAACGCUCGCCAACAUCACCAUAUCGCAGGACAAAUGCUGCGACAAGGAGAAGAUCUACCACAAGAUCACCAUCGCCGAGCUGCAGCUGCUGGCUCCGGCGGUGGACUGGCUGGACUACCUGUCCUUGGUCCUGUCCCCUCUGGACCUGAAUGACACGGAGCCCGUGGUGCUCUAUGCCAAGGAGUUCCUGCAGCAGGUGUCUGACUUGAUCAACAAGACUGAUCGCAGCCUGCUCAACAACUACAUGAUCUGGAACCUGGUGCAGAAGGGAGCAUCCAGUCUAGACCAGCGCUUUGAGAAUGCCCAGGACAAGCUGCUAGAGAGCCUGUAUGGAACCAAGAAAUCCCGCACACCUCGAUGGCAGACCUGCAUUGGGAACACAGAUGACACGCUCGGCUUCGCCCUGGGAGCGCUCUUUGUUAAAGCGACGUUUGAUAAACACAGCAAAAAGAUUGUCGAGGGGAUGAUCAAUGAGAUCCGUGCUGCGUUCAAAGAUGCUCUGGAUCACAUCAAGUGGAUGGACAAACAGACGCGGAUGGCAGCCAAAGACAAGGCAGACACCAUCUACAACAUGAUUGGAUUCCCUGACUUUAUCCUGGACCCCAAAGAACUGGAUGAUGUUUAUGAUUGGUAUGACGUCUCAGAAGACAACUUUUUCCAGAACACGCUCAACUUCUACAACUUCUCCGCCAGGGUGAUGGCCGAUCAUCUCCGCAAGCCGCCCAACAGCGACCAAUGGAGUAUGACCCCUCCCACAGUCAACGCCUACUACAUGCCCAACAAGAAUGGAAUUGUCUUCCCAGCUGGAAUCCUUCAGGCACCCUUUUACGCCCGGCAUCACCCCAAAGCACUGAACUUCGGGGGGAUCGGAGUGGUGAUGGGACACGAACUCACUCAUGCCUUUGGCGUCCAGGGCAGGGAAUACGACAAAGACGGGAACCUUCGGCCAUGGUGGCAAAAUUCCUCUGUGGACGCAUUUAAGAAUCUCACGCAAUGCAUGGUAGAGCAGUACAACGGGUUUACCAUCAAUGGGACGCAUAUAAAUGGCAAGCAGACGCUGGAAGAGAACAUUGCUGACAACGGAGGCCUAAAGGCAGCCUAUAAUGCGUACCAGGCAUGGGUGCAGGAGAACGGUGAGGAGAAGAGGCUGCCGGCAGUCAACCUGACCAAUGACCAACUGUUCUUUGUGGGAUUCGCCCAGGUGUGGUGUUCCGUGCGAACCCCGGAGAGUGCCCACGAGGGACUCAUGACAGACCCCCACAGCCCCCCAAAGUACCGCGUCAUCGGCACCCUCUCCAACUCGCCAGCCUUUGCAGAGCACUUCCAUUGCCCCGCUGGCUCCCCGAUGAACUCUGGUCACCGCUGCACAGUGUGGUAGGGCCUGGCAGAACCACAGGGGGGCGCUGUCUGUGGAGUCUGCAUGGAGAACCAAGAGGAGGAGGAGUUGAUCUCUGCGUUGGACCUUUUUUCCUAUUUUAUUCUUUGUACAUAAUGAUGGACUACUAGUGGUUUUUGAGUAGAGCAGGACAGACUCCAGGUUAGCGAGAGGGAGGCGUGUUGAGAGAAAAGUUGUCGUCUGCUGAUGCAUGUGUAAUUCCAGUGUUAGGGGAUGGUAUUUUUCCUAUUUUUCCACUCCCCAGUCUCCCACACCGGUGGGGCACAAAGACACGUUUUAUUUAGUGUUGGCUGCGCUUAGUAGGGGGCCGGGGAGGAGGAGCCAUUAGGGGAUGUCUGUCCACACCCCUUUCUCUAUGCUUCCGGGUCAUAGCUGUCCUCGCUGUGUGCCCUGUUUACAAUUGAAACCGGAUCCCUCUUUCGACUGAGGGAUCUCCCUGAAACCACUAUGACCUCACAGGAAGUGCUUGUCUCCCUCUGUGACCUCACAGGAAGUGCAGGAACUUCACUCUGACAUCACAGGAUGGGUUCAGCUGCCUCUGACCUCACAGGAAAUGCAGAAACGUCACUGUGUUUGGACGUUGCAUAUGGUUUCAUCUCGAUUGACAUCUAUAUUCCCUAUAUAAUAUACCAGUAUUUCAAUAAUCGUUAAUAUCGGGGCAAGGAAACAGAACACAAAGCGGAUUUAACUUUUUUGGGGAAACAGCCCUGAUGGAAACAAACAUCAUGUUAUCCAGAGUGAAAUGUUUUUAUUUUCCAAGCUAUAGCACACAAUAUUGUACAUAUAGAUUGGUUUUAAAGGACCAAAAAGAUGGGUCUGCUUCGUGUUUUCAUUUUUGCCAGUAUCGUCCUGGCCCAAUGCAGUAUAUGUGUGGCUCUGGUAAAUAGUAGUUCCCUAUAUGGGGUGUAAUUUGAGAGGGAGCCAUAUAGACUCACUUCUCCUUUUUCUGUUGCAUCACAGAAAGUGCACUGGCUUCAGUGACAUCACAAUAGAUCCCCCAGCAGUGGUGUGGGAUCUUAAUACUUUAAAAUGGCCUCCCCUCCUAUUUACCAUGUUCUACUACUGGACAGAUGGAAGCGCAACGAAGACUACUGAUAACCCUUGCCAACAUAUUGCUUUUAGUUAUCCCAUUUCUUAAAGAUUGUUGGCGAGCAUUUUGAGUACAUAGGAAAGGGUACUUAGAAAAGCCACGUAACAGUGUUGAUCCAACCAGGAGCAGGGUGCCAAUGCCCCUAGACGCCGAUCUAGGUUCAGUUUAGCAUUUUCAGCACUAAUGGUUAAGGUUAGAAUUGGGGGAGGGGAAGCUGAUCGUAUAUUUGUACUUAAGGGAAACUUCACCCAGGAGCAGGGUGCCAAUGCCCCUAGAUGCCGAUCUUGGUUCAUGAACCAUCUUGGUUCAUCCAAUCACAAGAUCGGCAGAGCUCCCUCUGGGACCUGUAGUGUGCUGGACUCUGUGACACCGGUUGUAGGGACGAUCACCACUUUCUCAUCUGUGUGUUGUUGUUGGCAUAUUCUGAAGUUGACAGAGUUGAAAGUUGAAAUGAGAUACACAUCUUUAAAACUGCCUUUUGUCAAAGAUGUAUUUUUGUUCCAGGUUGAUUCUUUGUUUCUCCGUAUGCUAAGGGAGUGUAUUUCGAUAUGUGUGUGUGUGUGUGUGCAUGAGCAGCCUUAGAAGCUUGUUUGAUAUUUACUGUGUUUAAUCUGUCAGCUUCAUUGCAAAAGGAUAGUUUGUGUAUGAGUGCGUGCGUGAGCGAGGUAUGUAUGUAUGUAUGCAUGUAUGUUUGUGUCUGUGUGUGCACGUAUGUGUGUGCAGAUUGCUUUGAUACACCAUCCCUACUUACAUUGAACUAUCAACAAUGUCAAGUCUGCUGCAGUGAUUUUACCUCGCAUUCCCCCCAAAAUACUAAUUUGAAAUGAAUGGCUAUGUUGAAGGGAUAUGUUCCUAAAUAACUUAUUGUUUGUACACACUCCACUCCAAAGUACUGCAGGGUGUGUACAGGAUUCGUAAUCGGGUUACUGCUGGACUCUUGUUCAAUUAAACUAUGUCACUGUU